GUAGUAAACCCCAAUGGCAAUAAAUACAAUCCCGGGGGAAAAAAAAGUGUUCUUCGAAAGCUCCACGAAAGGCAAAACCAGAUCAGAACGCGCGUCAAAUCGGAGAGGAAGAAAUUUGUUGGCGAAAUUCAACGAAUAAGGAGAUCAAAUGUCUUCACUUGCAGCUGCCCGAGCAGACAAUUUUUACUACCCUCCAGAAUGGACCCCAAAACAGGGGAAUUUAAACAAGUUCCAUGGCCAACAUGCUUUAAGGGAGAGAGCAAGAAAAAUAGACCAGGGCAUUUUGAUUAUAAGGUUUGAAAUGCCUUACAAUAUUUGGUGUGGUGGAUGCAACUCUAUGAUUGCAAAAGGUGUGAGGUUCAAUGCGGAGAAGAAGCAAGUGGGGAAUUAUUACUCUACAAAGAUAUGGAGCUUUUCCAUGAAGUCAGCAUGCUGCAAGCACGAGAUUGUUAUUCAGACAGAUCCCAAAAAUUGCGAGUAUGUGAUAAUUAGCGGGGCACAGAAAAAGACCGAGGAUUAUGACAUUGAGGAUGCAGAAACCUUGAUACUUCCCCCUGAUGAAGAAAGAGGUAAGCUUGCAGACCCAUUUUACCGCCUUGAACACGGUGAAAAAGAUCUGCAGAAGAAGAAAGAAGCUGAGCCAGUUUUAGUGCGUCUUCAGCGAGUUUCGGACUCCAGACAUUCAGACGAUUAUGCCUUAAACAAAGCUCUUAGGGCUCAACUCAGGAAUCAAAAGAAAAGAGUUGCUGAAGAAGAGGUUGCUUCCAGGAAAAGGGGCCUUGGCGUAAGACUGCUUCCAGCAUCUGAAGAAGAUGCUGCCGCGGCGGCAAGCGUGAAGUUCUCUUCCAAGUUUGAGAGAAAUAGGAAGGAAAAGAGAGCGUUGAUUAAAGCUGCAUCUAUUUUUCCUGGUUCAUCUGGCCUGUCUACAUCUAAUGCAAAAAGAAUGGAGCUAGAGUCCAAGAGAAGGAAAAUUAAGGCAACAGCUGCAUCCAGUUUACUAGUGGGGGGUUUUAAGCCAUCGUCUUGGUCGCAGAGUGCAGUUUCCUCCGGGAGACAGAGGAAGGUUUGAUAUAGCCGUUGGACUUUUUCAGAGCUGAUUAAAUGUGAAGCUUCCACUAUAGUUAAGGAUAGGGUUCUGUGUCAAUUUGGUGGCUUUUGAGGGUAUGGAUGUGGAUUCUGCAGUUUGAGAGAGGUAGUAAUGUUAAAAUUUGUCUUGAAUCUGUGUUUGUUGGAGCAGUUGCUUCGCGUAUAAUUGAUGUAAUGAGGCAGCAAAAACUUGUAUUGUUGAAUAUGUUACAGUAUAUCACUGUUCCUUGCUAUAAUAAGUUUGAAGCUGUUUAACCCA